AUGGAACCUGUCAUUAGUACUGAUCCAGCUAGCUGUAACACUCAAGCUUCUGAUACAUUUGCUUCUACUGUUCCAUUGAAUGCCAAUCCAGUGAUUCUUUCUACUGUGCAGAGAGAAAAACAGAGUCUUCUAUAUGAAGGUGUUUCUACAGUUCCUCUGAAUGCUCUUCCGGAUUUUAGUACUGAUCCAGCUAGCUGUAACACUCAAGCUUCUGAUACAUUUGCUUCUACUGUUCCAUUGAAUGCCAAUCCAAUGAUUCUUUCUACUGUGCAGAGAGAAAAACAGAGUCUUCUAUAUGAAGGUGUUUCUACAGUUCCUCUGAAUGCUCUUCCGGAUUUUAGCCCUGUCCAUAUUGGACUUUCACCAACCACGAGAGGAGCUGGUGAUAUUAAGGUGAAUAGCUAUUUUAAGACAAAGAGAGAGUUGAUGUUGAGGAUGAAGAAAUGGGCUUUAGAGUGGAAGUUUGAGUACAAGACUGUCUCUUCUAACAAGUCAAGAGUGCUUUUGAGUUGUGUUGAUGAAAAUUGCACGUGGAGGAUGCGUGCUAUCAAGCUACCUGUUUCAGAUUUUUUCGUUGUUAAAAAGUAUGUUCAUGAGCAUACAUGCGAUACAACACACAGGAAAGCCAACCACAGACAAGCAUCUGCAAAGUUGUUGGGUUCUUUGAUUUGCAGCAAUUAUGGAGAAAAAAAGGAAGGUCUCAAACCGAAACAGAUCAUUGAACAUGUCAGGAUGCUGCAUGGUGUUCACAUCAAUUACAAACAAGCUUGGAGAGUGAGAGAAGAAGCUCAGAUUUUGGUUAGAGGGACUCCUGAAGACAGCUAUUACAAUUUGUCUAGGUGGUUGUAUAAAAUCACAGAAACAAACCCUGGUUCCUUGACUUAUCAACAUGUUGAUGCUGCAGGAAAGUUCAAGUAUGCAUUUGUGGCUUUUGGUCCAUCGAUAAGAGGAUUCUCAUUGAUGAGGAGAGUUAUUGCAGUAGAUGGUACAUUUCUGAAGGGAAAGUUCAAUGGGACUUUAUUGGCAGCUUGUGCUCAAGAUGGGAAUUAUAAUUUAUAUCCUCUCGCCUUUGCAGUGGUUGACGCAGAAAACGGCGCUUCUUGGAAAUGGUUCUUUAGAGGUUUGAGCCAGAAGAUCCCGGACGCUUCGGAUCUUGUUUUUGUAUCAGACAGGGCUAACUCCAUUUCUUCAGCGUUGGAGGAUGUAUAUCCCUUAUCUCACCAUGGAAUUUGCAGGAUCCAUCUGCUCUGCAACAUCACUCCUACAUAUGCGAAGACUGGGUUGCUACCUCUGGUGGAAAGCGCUGCUGAUUCCUAUACGUGUCACGAGUUCCGGUUAAUCUUCAAGGACAUAAAGGAUAAAUGUCCUGAAUUGGCUAAGUAUCUGGAAGAGUCUGAUUUUAGGAAGUGGGCACGAAGCUAUGCGCCUGCGAACAGGUAUAAUAUCAUGACUACCAACAUUGCAGAGUCUCUCAAUUCUAUGUUGAGGAUGCCUCGUGAGUUGCCCAUUAUCUCUCUCCUUGAAACUAUCAGAUUGAUGAUGACCACUUGGUUUUUUGAGCGACGCGAAGCGGCUGCGAAACAUAAGAACCUGGUUACUCCAAAAGUUGUGCAGAAAUUGGUAUCUAGGUUAGGGGCCGCAAUGAUGUUGAAUGUGUAUCAAGUUGAUCGAAGCGAGUUUGAGGUGAAGAAUGAAACAAUGAAGUUUGUUGUUGACUUGGAGAAGCGGCAUUGCACAUCUUAUGCUGAAAGCAUACAUCCUGGUGGAGAGUUGUCAACGUCCACCUAUCCAGAGAAUAUUGAUGAACUGUCUUGCCCACCUCCAGCUACCAAAAAGAAAAGUGGACGCCCUCCUACAAAGAGAAAGAGAUCCGUUGGCGAGUUUGGGGUUCCUGGAUCUAAAUCUCAGUCCCACAAGUGCAGCAGAUGUGGCACAGGAGGGCACAACAAGAUCACAUGCCAGAGGCCUAUAGGAUGA